CAUCUCGAUCUUUAACCCUCUCUACUUUCCCCCUGUCUAACAAAGUCAAAAAACACAAACAAAAACACCCUCUGCGCUCUGUACAGGCCAGUGUCAGGGCAGUAAGCCAACAGCAGAUUUCUGUUGCUUAGUAACAGUUAAACAAGACUGAGCUUGCUUCGCGCAGUUGAAAGAAGUCCAUAAAGAGACGCACAGGCCAGUCAACUGCUUCCUCUAGGUAUUUUUCUUUUCUGUUAAAAACUACAGAAUGUAGACCUCUGGUUAUAGUCGUAGUGCUCUCAGAGGGCCUAACAACUGGGCAGGUUUAGCGAAGAAGAGCGAGUUUGAGGAAGGAACCUCUGAUGCUGGGCAGUACUUCUGUGCUAGGAGUGGUGCUCCAACCAUUACUUGCUUGCACUCAUCUAUGUGAGAGAAUUCCCCUAAGAGCUGCGCCAUGGCCGUGGGGAAGAAAAAGGGGGCGAAGGUGCGGAUCACGCUGAAGAUUGCCAAAAAGUCGGUGAGCUUGACAGCGGACGGGAUGCGGCGGCUGGACCUCAGCAAGCGGGGCAUCGACACCUUCCCCAAGUGCCUGCUCAAGAUGGCCGACGUGGACGAGCUGGACCUCAGCCGCAACCUGCUGCAGAAGCUCCCGGAGAGCAUCGAGCGCUUCGCCAACCUGCGCUGCCUGGACCUGCACAGCAACCGGCUGGAGCGCCUCCCGGAGGCCAUCGGGAGGCUGCCGAACCUGCGCCACCUCAACCUGUGCGACAACCGGCUGGGGCCGGCCGUCCCCGCCGAGCUGGGCGCCCUGCGGGCCCUGCGCUCGCUCAACCUGGGCAUGAACCGCAUCGAGACGCUCCCGCGCGCGCCCUUCUUCCAGGGCCUCGCCGAGCUGCGCGAGCUCGGCCUCUUCGACAACCUGCUGGGCGAGCCGCCCGAGGCGGCCCGGAGCCUCCCGCGCGUCCGCAAGCUCAACGCCGAGCGCAACCCCUUCUGCCUCGUCGCCCCCGGCGACGGAGGAGACCGCGCCCGCGACGAGCUGCCGCGCCUGUACCUGCGGGGCGAGGGCGACCUGUGCGGGGCCUGCCAGCGGAGGAGCCGGGAGAGGUGGGGCGGCCGGAACCCCGGGGGGGGCAGCGGCCCCCCGAACGGGAGACCCCGCUUCUCGGGGCUGAGCACCCCGAACUCGGUCGCCCGGGAGACCCAGGGGCGUUGGCGGGUGAGGAACUCCGGCGCUACAGAGACCCCCGAGGCGACAUGAUGAAACGCGGAGAAACCCGCCAUCGCGGAGACUAUCCGCCCCCUGC